ACUCUACCUGAGUUUAACAGUCAACUAAACCAGCUUGCGAGCAUUUUAGGAUUACUGCAGUGGUCUCCAACCAUUUUUACAGUGAGAGCUACUUUUACACACAAAAAAAAUCUAGCAAGCUAUCGCGUCGCGACGGUAAAUCCUGUCGAUCUGGGGUCCCCCUUUCAACCUCUGGAUUACUGUAAAUUCCUAUAGCAACAAACACGCGCGCAUUUUGAUAUCUGGAAAGAAAUAUCCCUACUUUGUGGUAACGCUGAGAGUAAUUGCUAAAUCCGCUUUCUGUAAAAAAAAAAACAAAAAAAACACCACUGAUAAGUAAACAAACAACUUGACUUUGGUGGUGGUAACAGAAAAAGAUACUUUUUUUUUCAGAAAAACAUACUUUGCACAUACAAAAAUCGAAGCUACGCGUAUCUACCUACGUCUUAUGACAUCAACUUCAUGCGACACGCAGAAGAAGGACCCUGACUUUGCUCGUGCUGCACGUCGACGGAGCGUUUUGUUCUGCGAAAAUGUGAAUUGCGAUUCGGCGUUAGACGUGUUAUUCCUACGGAGUAUUUUGGUAUUUUUGCACCUAUUCCCCGCAGCUUAUCGUUUUGAUCUACGACGAUCUCUAAGAUGUCUGUCACGGAAAUGUUCAGCAACAUUCAGGUUUUCCUAUGUGCAGAUCAAGAUAUUCGAGAGGAUAUUAGGAAAGUCGUCCAAACUCUAGAACAGACUGCAAGGGAGAUUUUAACUGUGCUUCAGAGUGUCCAUCAGCCAUCUGGUUUCAAAGAAAUUCCAAGCAAAUGCUUAAGGGCUCGGGAGUUGUUUUGCAUAAUAAGGGAUCAUAUCGGAGACCUGAAGACAAAGUUCCCCGUGGAGCAGUACUACAGAUUCCAUGAGCACUGGAGAUUUGUCCUGCAGCGUGUUACAUUUCUGGCAGCAUUUGUAGUUUACCUGGAGAGUGAAUCCCUGGUCACACGAGAAGAGGUGGCACAAAUUCUUGGAAUUGAAGUGGACAGAGAAAAAGGCUUUCAUCUGGAUGUUGAAGAUUACUUAGCUGGGGUGCUCAUCAUGGCCAGUGAACUUUCUAGGUUAGCAGUGAACAGUGUGACGGCAGGGGACUACAGCCGGCCACUGCGCAUCUCUAACUUCAUCAACGAGCUGGACUCUGGCUUUCGGCUGCUAAACCUGAAGAAUGAUCCAUUGCGGAAGCGUUAUGAUGGUCUCAAGUAUGAUGUGAAGAAGAUUGAGGAGGUUGUGUAUGAUCUGUCCAUCCGUGGUCUCACCAAGGAGCAAGAGGCUGUUACAGACAAGUAGUUUAAUGGAUAGUGGGUUAGUUUUAAUCAUAGGCAAGUUUUGUUGUGCAUGUUGGAACAAGGAUGAAAGUGCAGUAUUUCUAAUGCAGGUCCUGCAUUAUUUUGACUAAAAUUGUUGGAAAGCGGUCAUUUGAAAAAUCUCACGUCCUUUUUGCUUUGUUGAUCAAACCUAUGGAAUGAAUAACAUUACAUUGGAGAAGUUACCUUGUGUAAAGUUAGUAGAUAAUGAAUAAAUUUUAUAGGCUUCACAUCUUUUCUAAUUGAUUAGAUUGUUCUACACAAAUAUUGCCAUCAAAUGACUCAAAGCACCCGGUUAUCUAAUUUCAGAUGUGACUUAAUAGUUGACUUGGAAAUUACCCUUAAUUUUCUGUUUUAAGAUUCAAUCGUUUUGUCCUCUACACAUAUUUUGACAUGUCAUAUAAAUGGCAGUGGAAUGUAAAACUAUGUGCAAACUUUUCCUUCUGUGUUGCCUUUAUUGUUGAAAUGAUUUGAUGCUGAAACUUUCUUUUUAAAUCAGUAUCUAACAAACAUUAGAUGCCUGCAAAGAAAGAGCAUGCAGGCACCCACUCCAGAUGUAAGACCCAUUUUUUUUGUGGCACUUGACUGUUUUUUAGCAUUUUUUUUCAUGCAUGAAUCUAUUGUUGACUAAUUGUUAGUUUCUGGUAUGUUAGAUCUCAUUCAUUUUGGCAGGCAUAGCCAAUCUAUGCAACUGUAAAAACAAAAUUAAAAUGUUUAAUUGGG